AUGGCGACGUUUGUAGUGCCUGCCAGAGCAUCCAGAACACAGAUGGACCUUAAUUCUACUCAAAGCCUCGUAGAUCCUGAUUGGGAAUUAAUAGAUCCAGUUCCAAACAUCCAUAAUCUGUUCCAUACCUUUAACUUCAAAUUUUUCAAUGGAAAUCUAGGAUGUGUAGAAUUAGAAUGGAGUAAAAGAAUGUAUCAAUGUGCUGGGAUUUGUUAUUCUCGUCGAAGUCGUGGACAAAUGUCUUGUGUAAUUCGUUUAAGUGAACCGUUGCUGAAAUUGAGAUCUAGGAAAGAGCUGAUUGAGACUCUACUACAUGAAAUGAUCCAUGCAUUCAAUUUUAUUAGAGGGAUUUUAGAAGAAAACGGUGGACAUGGAAAGAAUUUCUUGGCUAAAAUGCAGGAGAUUAAUCGAUUAGCAGGAACAAAUAUCACAGUCUAUCAUUCCUUCCAUGAUGAAGUCGAACUGUACAAGAAACAUUGGUGGAGAUGUGAUGGAAUUUGUCGUACACAAAAACCUUAUUUUGGAUAUGUUAAAAGGACGUGUAAUCGUGCGCCUAGUAAAAAUGACUUGUGGUGGAAUCAACAUACACAAAAGUGUGGUGGAAAGUUCAUAAAGGUAAAGGAACCUGAAAAAGUUGAGAAGAAAAAGACGAAUGAAAUUAAACCAAAAUCUGAAGGACCAACGAAACGAAAAGUUCCAGUAAAGCCAAAGGAUCAACAGCCAAAAAAUAAUGAUAUCCGUAAAUUCUUCCCAGACAUAUCACUCAAUAGCUCGUCUGACUUCUUAGAAACUGACAUCCUUCAAGGUCCUCCAUCAACUUCUAAAGCAAUAACUUCAGGUGAAAUUAAAAUUAGCAUAGACAGUCAAGGAAUCAAACUUGGAGGCACAGGGAAUGGACGAAGUCGUCUGCUAGACAUGUUUAGUCCAAAAAUUCAACCUUUAGGAUCUUCAAUAGCAAAGAAACCAAAAUUAGAAGUAAUAGAAAUUAAAACAGAAUCUCCUGUUAAUCAAGUCCGUAAAUCCAUUAAAAUUGAAGUUAUGCAUGAAUUUGAUGACGACGAUGACAUUAUAUUGAUUGAUGAUGAGUUUGACGAUUCAAUGUCUAUAGAUAAUAAGCAUGUUGAUCUUAAAAAGGAAGUAAAAACCGAGGAAGAGUCAUCAACUUGUGAAUGUCCAAUUUGUAAUAAGAAGAUUGAUGUCAAUGAAGUUAACCAGCACUUGGACGAAUGCCUUACUAUUCAAAUGUUGAAAGAAGCAUCGUAA